CUCUUCACCUGCAGACCGUUGUGACGCUCCCGCGGACUCUGCCAAGCGAAGAUGGUCAACGCAGAGCCUUCCAACAAUUCCAACGAAGAAGGGCCGCGGCCCGAUUCGCCAGGAGGUGCCCGCUUGCCCUUGCAGCUGGGACGCUUACCGGCCGAACGUUUAGAGCGGGUGCACCAGGCCAUGCGGCAUCUGAAAGAGGAAGGCUUGGAGGAGCUGCCAGACAUCGACGCCUUGGCCAAGAGCGUCAAAGCCAGCCACGCUGCCGGCAACGCCAAGCUGCCGCAGGAGCACCUGACCACGGAAUACAUGGGCAUGUCGUUAUGGGCCUGGACCCCUCAGCGCUGGUUCAGCAGCAUCCAUGGGAUGUCUGACCCUGCCGGGACCAAGAGCGACGAGCUGCAACAUGCGGAAGGAGAUCAGCUUCCCCCAGUGCCGGAGACGACGGAGGCCUUGCUGAACAAACGAUCGUUACAAUCAGAACAUUUCAAGCAAUGGUGUGAGUUGAUGAAGGUGGCGGAAGCCGAGAUCCGAUCCAUGGCGACCAUGGAUAGCUCAGUGCUGACCAAAGGCGAUGGAGCCGCGGUGUGGUUUGAUCCAACUCCAUCCAUUGAAGGAAAAGGGGUGCUUCGCAGACAUGUCGCGCAUCGUGACUGUUGGGUUGGAGCACCGCAGAUGGCCAGCAGGCGAGGCUGUGUGUCAGAGUCCCGACCUGCGAAGGCCAAUUCAGCAGCAGCAAUACUCUCUGUUCACUUGGAUGAUGGCCUUAUGGCACUGGACGCUUGGUCUCACAUCAUGGGCGAGCACUAUCUGGAUACUUCCGGUCGACCCGCCGAAAAGGAGUUCUAUGGCUGCAGCGAUCCACUCUUCACCCAAAGCUUCAAGGGUCGCUACAUGCCCCGCGCAGUGCUUGCAGGUGAACAGAGUGCCAUGGACUCUGUUGGGCAAGCAGCGUUGUUUGACCCGAAUUCCAUUGUUGGUGUGUCAACAGGGUGCAACGUCCAGGAAGCUUGCGUCGGCUUGACAGUGCCAGAGAUCAUGGAAGCAGUACGUUUGCAACUGGAACGCGCAGACUUUGUUGAAGGCAUGCUGAUCACACAGACCAUUGGUGAGGACUUUCUCACCAGCGGCCUGCUGAAGUACGUGCUGGAGGAUCUCACUAUGAACUUACCUAAGCUGGUGAAGAUCGUCUCCUCGUGCAUUGCGGAUCCCCAGGCCGAUCAUAGCAAGAGCUCCGCAAAUGCGGCCAUCUCGAGCAAACACCAACUGGAAGGCAGCGAUGUCGUGCUCUUCUACGAUGCGACCUCCUCCAAAAAAUUGGCCAGUCAGAAGGUCAAUGGUUUUGGGGUGGCCAAUCCAGACGAUGCAGAGUGCCGAGGUAUCGCCAGCCGCAUCUUCAGCGGUCUCACUGGGCCCAUGCGCUUUGGCCGUGUGGAUGGCGCCACGCCCUCCUGUUUGUCGCACCUGGCGACGACCCUGGUGCCCUACCCUCGCGUCAAAUACACCUUCCCAUCUCUGGGGGGGCUUGGGGGUGUCACCGAUUCAGGCAUGCCCGUUGGCUUUGAGGCCGCCUCAGCGGCCAUCUCCAAUGGUUGCCUUUGCACCGCCAAUGCGGAUCGCACGAAAGGGAAGACCAUCUCGUCGACCAUGAUCUGCCGCGGCAUGGCGCACUCAAUGGCCUUAUCUCCUGUGAUCUCCAAACGCCUGGACCAUCCGCAGGAGUGGGUGGACUAUAGCAAAGGCUCCGUGAGCGUGGUGAGUUUCCAGGAUCCCAGGAGUGAAGGGCAUCCCAUGGUGACGAUGUUGGAGAACUCGACCCGCGCCAAGUUUGUGUUGGAACACCAGGUUCAAAGCUUUGAGGCGCAACCCCAACCAGCAGAGGGAGCGGAAAUCAUCGAGGAGAUGCGUUGUAUGAUCAAGGAUUAUGAGGAAAUUGAAACUGAAACUCUUGACGAUUGCGAGGAAGAGGAGGAGUAUGAGGAGGAGUAGGUGAAGGGUCUCUCAGAUUUGGAUGUUUCAUCCACCGUGUUGACGGACUCAGCAUUUUGGUGCCUUCAUCCCAAAAAAACAAGGGCCCAACAGAGGAUUUUUUCUGUGUCCAUUCUGGAUGUUCAGCUUAAGGUUUCUCGCGCCCCUUGGCUUCUUCAAAGAAGGGCCCAAGGAGGCUGGAGGACACCCAUCCAGUUGCCAGCUUAUUCCAUCUGAGCUGGUCCGACUGAAAGGAUUUUACUUAUAUAGGAGUGCGGUUUCU